UAGAACCAGCCAGACAGCAAUCAAGCCACAGGAUCGUCCUGGGUGUCUCAGCUCAGAUCCACACUCUGGCAAUGGGGGUCCCCAGGGCCUUUCUGCUCUGCCUAUUUGGGACUGUGCUGUGUCAGACAGGGUCGGGAGCCCUGCAGUGCUACAGCUUUGAGCACACCUACUUGGGGCCCUUUGACCUAAGUGACAUGAGGUUCCCCAGCAUCUCCUGUCUCCACGGAUGCUCUGAGGUUGUCCUGUCCCUGGACACUGGGUAUCGCGCACCCGUGACCUUGGUAAAGAAGGGCUGCUGGACAGGCCCGACGGCCGGCGCCAUGCAGUCGAACCAAGAAGCGCUGCCGCCCGACUACUCCGUGGUGCGAGGCUGCGUGGCUGACUUUUGCAACAACCACCUCUUAACCCAUGAUGUCAUCCCCAACCUAAGUCAAGCACCUGACCCACCAACGCUCAGCGGCACCGAGUGCUACGCCUGCGUGGGAGUCCACCCCGAGGACUGCUCUCCGGACAAGUCCCGACGGGUCCAGUGUCACCAGGACCAGAGCGUCUGUUUCCAGGGCAAUGGUCGAAUGACCACCGGCAAUUUCUCAGUCCCCGUGUACAUCAGAACCUGCCACCGACCCUCCUGCACCACCAUGGGCACCACCAGCCCCUGGACAGCCAUUGACCUCCAGGGCUCCUGCUGUGAAGGGCAUCUGUGCAACAGGGACUCUGUGACCCAAGCCUUCAACACCGCUGCAGCUGCUGCCCCUCCCCGGGUGCCCCACAUCAUGAUUCUGGCCCUCCUGGUCCCGCUUCUGGUCAGUUCUCUGGGAGGACCUCUCUGGCUCUCUGCAUAGUCCCGCCCACCAGGAUGCUGGGGCAGGGUACACACACCUUCUCACUGCUUCAGCCCCAUCGCUGGAGAAUGAUGUCAAAACAAGAGCAGCACUCCUGCCCCUCUGGCCAUGACCUCCACUUCCCUCUCGCUCUCCCCUGCCCAUAGCUGGUCAGCGGCCUGGAAGAAACUGGACUCAGUCAGUGGCAUCCCAAGAUAGGAAGAAACAGCCACACACUGUCCCACCCAGGGAGCAAGUCCAGCAAUAGCCAUUACUACACCAGGAACCUGUGACAGUUUCCCAGGUUCUUCCUCUAAAACCCAAUCACAGCGCUAGGAAGGAUCCGUGAUGCUGUCUCUAUUAAUAUCAUCAUGAGCCUGGCACAUUGGCUCAUGGGAGAACCUGUAAUCCCAGUUACUCUGGAGGCUGAGGCAGAAGGAUCACAAGUUCUUGUCCAGCCUCAUCGAUUUAGCAAGAUCUUGUCUCAAAAUAAAAAGAUAUAAAGGGUCAGGGAUGUAGCUCAGUG